AUGACCAAAGACCAGGAGAGGGGCACCGAAGUAUUUCACGAAAUACCAGACGAGAAGGCGGAAAACCCACUUUGUGGCAAUCUGAUGGGCGCAGUUUUCGGCGCACCAAUUGAGUUCCAGGAACAAAGUCUUCGGCAGCCUGGCGUUCCGCAUGUCUUGGUGGUAUUGAUUCAGAAACUAGAAUCCCUCGGAAUUAGCUCUGCUGACUUGUACACCGAUUCGCCGAUGUCCCUGAGCCUAUAUACAAAAAUGCACCUGAUCAACACAUACCCUAUCGACGACCUGGUGAGGAUGCGUCCGGACAUUUUUAAGGACCCUGGCGACCUAACGGGCCUGAUCCUUUGCUACGUUAAGCUUCUGCCGCGGAGACUCAUUGAGGGCAUCGGUAAGUAA